AUGUACACAACGGAGCAAAGGAGGCCACAGACCCCAGUAAGCCAGAUAAUCGAGGAUUAUGCCUCUAUAGUAUCAAAGGAUGAGUCCAUUCACACGAGGCCGGCGCCGCAAAGCUACCAGCUGGUCAACGUCCACCAGCCGAACGGUAGUUUGACAACAAUAAGACGCAACCUAUCCGCAAGGGACUCAGGCGAGAGGCGACAUGUCAUCGCGCCUACAUCUGCACCAAGAGCGGCAAAAGGAGCCUGCAGAACCGUGCUCGCCCGCUCUUCAGACGGCAGUUGGAGGAGAGUCCAACGGCCCAUUCGUGAUUCGGAACUCUUUAUGAGGGCACGAAACCAAGCCAUCGAUAGCGCGCCAAUUGCUCGAACUGUAUCGGACAGAUCCUCGUCGAUAUAUGAUGAUGAUGCGAGCCGGGGCACGAUGCUCUCCACCAUAACGAUGGUCGAGACAGCCUUGGCUGAACAACAGACCUACCAGAGGACAAGAGGCGUCCAAGUCCUCGGGCAUUCAGCAAAUGGAAGCUCUGCGACCGGAGCCAGCGGUAGAUCAGGAGACAUUGAGAUUGGACAUAUCGAUGAGGACGAGCACCUCGAACGGAGUCGAAGAUACUCGGCCUGUAGUCGAAGAUACUCGGCCGGUGACUACGGGGACGCCGGCGGUCAUGGCGAGGGAUUCGAGCGCGAUGAACACUCUGCCAUCCAUCGCAGCAGAUCAGCACACGAGAGCUAUAACACCGCGGGUGGCAGGGCUGCAUUUCGGGAGUACGGCCCAUCGGCUCCGGUAACACUGCCCAGCCCACUGGCCGCAGCAAGCGACGCGCACUUGGGAAACUCGCCGGGGGAAGCUGCUAUGAAACCUUGGCUGCAAGACCUCGUCCGCGUGUGCUCCUAUGCACUGGCAAGCUGUAGCGUUGUUUUACCUACAGCCUUUGUUGCCUUGAGCAUCGCGGUCAUCUUCAUGAGAGGGCAUCCGGUGCUCUCUAGCUGGUCUUCAGUCGAAGAUCUCGUCGAAAUUGCCGCUGCUAUCUGGCCCAUUGUCUUCGCUACAACAGUAGCGCAGUGCUUCAAAGCCGGACUUGUCCUGCGCGGGAUCGGAAGCUCAACCGGACGGGUCAGCGGCUGCGCGAAGCGGGAUCUAACGUUGCCUCGCCUGGAAGCUUGGUGUCUACUCGUGUUCCUGGUUUGGUGCCUGUCACCGAUUGGGCCUCUGGCAGCAAGGAACAUGUACGGAACCACCCAGGAGACCCUGAAAGGCAGCCGCGAUGUUCUGUAUAUGGAUAAUACGGGACGCAACCAAGUAUGGGAUCCUAGAUCAGCAGAAAUGUUGUCACCAAGAGGCCGCUCCGAGUUGAUACAAACUAUCGGUGCCAAGUACAUCCGCAGUCUCUCACAGGACAACCUCGACGCACCCCUCAACGAACCGUUUUCCAUUUACUCCCCGACAAGAUACACCUCCGUCGGCACUGUUGUGUCGCCCAAGUCAAUGAAAGACGGAGGUCUACCCCAUGGCAUACGUCGUCGCGACGAAAUGGCCGUUCAUAACCCCAUGGGCGUGCCCGAAGCCGUAGCUCUCGAGGCGCUGAAUUUCUCGAUGACCGCGUCUGCUUUCAACUUCCAGUGUGGAGAUUGGACGCUCAUGACGAGAUAUCUCUCCAACCAUACCUCGUCGGAUCAGAUAUCCUACAGUGCUUCCCAGACUCUUGGACUGAGCAUGCCCGCUCAUGAUGAUUCAGGAGCUCCACCGACGGUGCGGUUCGUUUCAUUGAACAGGAAAUCAGUCUCCAGCAACACCACAACGCUGAGAAGGAGACGUCUGGGUGCCGCAAAUCUGACUGUUGACCAGUGGGAGUACUCGUCGAUCAGCUGCAGCUAUGAGCAGGUCUUCUACAAUGUCCCCAUGCAAUGCAGCAGAGACAGCAGUGGUAGUAUCAAGUCGUGCAAUCAGUCAGGAGCUGCGCAGCUGAUGCCUUCUGACGGCACCCUCAAAACGCCCUUGGGCGAUUUUGCGUUGGACUUUGUCUGGUCCGGGAACUUGCCCACGACGGAUAUGACUGCAACGGCUACUGAGCAAUAUAUCCAGCGGGGCGGUCCAACCGACACGAGACGAUUUAUCAGAGCAAGGGACGUCCGCAACCCCAGGUUCAACCUCUCCGCAACCGUGUCUCCAGAUGAGUUUUCGCAGCGCUUCGGCCACUUGUUCAGCACCUGGGUCGGGUUGGGCUACUGCCCACAAUGCUCAUCAGACGUUGUGGCCAACAGCAGCUCAGUCCCCGCCAAUCUCCAGCCUCGCUACAAGAAGGUCUCUUCAACGGUGACCUGGUCUGGCGAGCGUGUGUAUACGGUCAAGUGGGCCUGGAUUGUGGUUUUCAUGGUAUCCACAUCUGUCAUGCUCGUUGCUGCAGUCGGUGCCAUCGUUGUUGAGAAUAUGGUCGUUGCAAAGACCGCCAAGCGGAAAACGGCGAGACGUCCUAUUUCGAAGGAGGAUAUAGUUCCGCUGCGUCUUCCUACAAUGUGCUCAACUGUCAGUAAUGGUCAGAAUUCGCCGCAGUGGAGCAAAGCGGUAAUGCAGGACAUGAAUGUUGCCACUGGUAAUGGACAUUCCUUGGGGGCGUAUGGAUAG